AUGGGCGAGGCACUGCUGCGCUCCCAUGUGCAGGCACAGUUCAACCACCAGGUUACCAAGUCUACCAAAUUCAUCCUCAGUGCUCCCCAAAUAGAGUGUUUGAAUGUCCCUGAUCGAAGUGGCCCCGAAGCUUUCGAGGCGCUGCGAUCCAGCGGCAUAGCGGCCUUGCAGCGCCUGCAAUUGGAGGACCGAGCCGGACCAAACUUCGGGCAUCAGCAAUCUGAGCUCUCCAGCUGGGUGCACCGAUGGCAUCCGAUGGCUAGAUCUCCCCAGGACAAUGUAAUGGAGAUGAAGCUUUGCACAGCCGGUGAGACUCGGCGGCUCAACUUCCUCAUCUAUGAGGUUGAUUCAUAUCCAGCGAGUGGAGGUGUCAUGAUGGGAGAGGAUUCCGAUGCGGCAGUGGUUGAUGCCGUCAACGAAUUGCUGGGUGAGCGCGAGAAUUUGGAGAUCAGGGAGGUCGUUUCAUCGGCCUUGAAGGUCCUCAAGGCUGAUGUGCCGGAGCUCCUGAACGAGGACGCUUGUCGACCGGACGCUGAGCAGGAGGACGAGCUUUUCUUUGAAGACGACGGUGCCCAGGCGUUGAUGGUUGAUGAUUCCUCGUUUGACCGCUGCAAUCGCCCUGGGUGGAAGAAAAUGAAAUGGCAGGAGGUUGAAGAUCAACGGCUCGUUCGAGAGAAGCGCCGGAGAGGAGAUCGAGAGGACCUCACAAACGAAGAGCAAAAGGCUGCCAAGGAGCAAAUCUUCAACUCCAAUGAGGCCUUCAACAUUUUGUCCAACGAAUUGUACACCUUACAGACUGAGAUGACUCAAGGGAUCCAAGCCGAUGCCGUGGAUUUCAACGUCUACUACUGGGCAGUGCGGCUGCGAGGCUUCAGAGGGGAGAUGGCUGCAGAUUUGAUGGAGCUGCAGAAAACUCAAGGCUACAAUUAUGUGGAGCUCCGUGUGGCUUUCAAGGAGGACUUGCAUCCGUUCUACCCGCCGACCAUUGCGGUUCUAAGACCACGACUUUACGGAAGAUAUGAUGUCCAAGCAGCCCUUGCCUGCCACCCACGGCUGCAGCUCAAAGGAUGGAGCCCUUUUCAGUCAUCCAAAGAUUUGCUAAUGGCCGUCCAGAACUUUUUGAAUCAGAUCGCCCGAGUGGACUUGACAAGCCAAAGAAAUGCGAUCAAUGCAUAUCCGGAGGGUGCUUUCAGCCCCUUGGAGCAGCGAUUGGCGCAGCUGCAGCGUCUGUGUGGGGUGAAGCCACCACAGCUGCAGUUGGAUGUUGCUGGCAACGCCUAUGAGGAUGAUCCUUGGGCGCAGAGUGCAGAGCUCCAAGUUAGCUCCUUUGGAAUGCUGCAAGGAAAGAGGAGCCAAGCGGAGGCAUCACAAGAACCAGAACGAGCUGGUGGUUGGGCAAAAGGUGUAGGCUAUGGCUCUGACGUGAUUACAGGACGAAGCUGGGACCCUGCCGCAAUGCAUGCAGCGCAACAAGCGCAGGACUUGGAGCUUCAGGAACUUGUGGUGGCGAUUUGCGAAUUUCUUGGACGCGAAGGUCAAGAUCUUGGCGAGCUCAUCUCCAAGUCCUGUCUGCUUCCUUUCCUUGAAGGAGAAUUGGCAACGUCGUAUACCGAUAUGGGAGAGAGGCCUCAAUUCUUCAAAGAGGUGCUGAGACUUGUGGAGGUGAUGUUGCCUCUUCUGCCUCCACAAAGUUUUUCACCAUUGAAUUUGCGAUUGGCAAGCUGCAAGGACUCUGCAAAGACCUUCCUUCAGUCGCUCUCGGGAAAGCAGUUGGAGCAGUGCACGGAGGACAUGGGCUUUGCACAGCAGGUUGUAUCAGUCGCAGGAGCUUUAGACAGGUGCUGUGGUACUUUGACCUCGGACAGUCACCCAAGAGGAAGUGCCAGUGAGUACUGCAAACGGCUCGAAUUUCUGCAGCUGGAUUUUGGCGAGCUCGAAGGGGACCAUUGCUUUGCAGACAUGGUUCGACAAGAAACUUCAGCACCACAGGCCCGGACCUUGCGUCUUGCCAAGGAGUUUGCAGGUCUAUCCUCCAUGCUGCCUCUCUCUGAUUCGUCCGCGGUGUUGGUGCGAAGUGGACAGAGACAUCAACAACUCUGGCGAGCUUUGAUCACUGGGCCGGCAGAGACGCCCUACAGCGGAGGAUGCUUCGCACGGGUUCCAAGAAAUGCCAAGAAGUGCCAAGAUUGUUUGGCCUUGAGACAUCACGAUUCGACCUUGGAUUUCACCCCGCUGGCAUUCCACGAGACGCCGGGCUUCUGCCGCAAAGGGCCAAGUUGGAAAAAGGACGUGAAACUAGACACCAAUGCGGGCAAAACCAGAGGUGCAAUCAACAACGAGUACGGAGACAAACUCUGGUUUUGCUUCGAAAAGCCCCGGACCUUGUUGGGUUGCAUGGCCGAAUGUGAGGCGCGACCCGACUGUGGAUCUUUCGACCGACCGCCAAACGAGGACGCACAAGAAUGCUGCCUGUUUUGGGAAGGCAACACUGGAGAUGAUUUGCCAGAUCGUCAGUGCUGGGUGCGACAAGAAGACCAAAGCGAUUUGCCACCAGGCUCCCUUUUGGGCACAUCAGUGACCGUGAUGCCGGUUCCUAUUUUCACGAUGUUGAAGCUGGAUUCUUCCACGCGGGGCGUCGUUGCCGAAGCGAACCGGUGGUUUUGUCCGACUUGGACUUGGUGCGACUUCACCAUCAAGGAUUGCUUUGGGAAUGUUCUCUACGAGGUCUCUGCAGAGUGGACGACGGACUUGGAUUCAGAUGGCGUUGAGUUGCCACUUGGAUCGGUAUAG